UAAAUACAGAAAAAAACAAAAAGGAAACUUCCGGGAAGCUGCGUACAUAGAUGGACCCAACAUAAACCAAAACAAUAACACGUAGUCGCCACCUAUAUAUAAAAAACCUGACGCAACACAAACAGAUGUAGUAGAAUCAAAACGUCUUAAAACAUGGGAAGUAUCGUGGAGCCAUGGGCAGCAAUCGCCGAGAACGGAAACGCAAACGUGACCGCGAAAGGCUCGAGCAGGGAGCUGCGACAUGGGAGAACAGCACACAACAUGUCUUCAUCGUCGCUAAGGAAGAAAUCAGACCUGAGAUUGGUUCAGAAAGUUCCAUGCAAAACUCUCAAGAACAUUCUCUCUAAUCUUCAAGAAGUCAUUCUUGGUACUAAGCUUACUCUCUUAUUUCUCGCCAUCCCUCUCGCCAUUCUUGCCAAUUCUUACAACUACGGUCGUCCGUUGAUAUUUGGACUGAGCUUGAUAGGGCUGACACCUCUAGCUGAGCGAGUUAGCUUUUUGACAGAGCAACUAGCUUUCUACACUGGUCCAACAGUGGGCGGUUUGUUGAACGCGACUUGUGGAAACGCGACAGAGCUGAUAAUCGCGAUACUAGCGUUGGCCAAUAACAAAGUGGCAGUGGUGAAAUACUCUCUAUUGGGUUCAAUUCUCUCAAACCUUCUCUUGGUUCUUGGCACUUCCCUCUUCUUUGGUGGUAUCGCCAAUAUCCGCCGCGAGCAGCGGUUCGACCGGAAACAAGCCGAUGUGAACUUCUUCUUGCUGCUUAUGGGCCUGUUGUGUCAUUUGCUGCCAUUAUUGUUAAAAUAUGCAGCAACCGGCGAAGUAUCGACCUCUAUGAUUAACAAAAUGUCGCUCACUCUGUCGCGGACAAGCAGCAUAGUUAUGCUUAUUGCUUACAUUGCUUAUCUCAUCUUCCAGCUCUGGACUCACCGCCAAUUGUUUGAGGCACAACAGGAUGAUGAUGAUGCAUAUGAUGAUGAGGUUAGUGUUGAAGAAACUCCAGUGAUAGGAUUCUGGAGCGGAUUUGCUUGGCUCGUUGGGAUGACAAUAGUCAUCGCAUUGCUAUCAGAGUAUGUUGUGGACACGAUCGAGGAUGCAUCGGACUCAUGGGGACUAUCAGUGAGUUUCAUAAGCAUCAUAUUGCUUCCCAUUGUUGGGAAUGCGGCUGAGCAUGCUGGAGCCAUCAUUUUCGCAUUCAAGAACAAGCUCGACAUAUCUCUAGGGGUUGCGUUGGGCUCUGCAACUCAGAUUUCUUUGUUCGUGGUCCCAUUGAGUGUUAUCGUUGCGUGGAUCCUGGGAAUAAAAAUGGAUCUCAACUUUAACAUCCUUGAAACUAGCUCUCUAGCUUUGGCCAUUAUCAUCACAGCCUUCACUUUACAGGAUGGAACUUCUCAUUACAUGAAGGGACUGGUUCUAUUGUUAUGCUAUGUCAUCAUCGCGGCGUGUUUCUUCGUCGACCAAAUUCCCCAACCAAAUGAUUUGGACGUGGGACUUCAACCCAUGAACAAUUUGGGAGAAGUUUUCUCAGCUUAAAGUUAUCAAAUGACUUGUAAAAAAAGAAGAAGAGAAGAAAUCAGCAAAUUAUGAUUUGAUUGAUUCGUCAUCCAAAAACGGAGAGACUUUGUCAGAGGGAUUCCUCAAGCAUGAAUGAGGGAGGGAGCUUGAUGAAGACAGAGGUUCUUGGUGUUUAAGAAAUGAUCACAUUAAUUUCUGUUUGCUUUCUUUUUCUGUUUGUUGUUGGCAUUUUUAAGUUUUUCUUGUAUAUUAUAUGUUCUUUUGCUGAGUAAUGUGGACUAUAUUUUCUGAUAUAUUCGUUUACCUUACAGACUUAACUGAUGAUACUGUAUAUGCAACUUUUUCUUUUUGAGUUAAGUUGCAAAUUAGUCACUUUUUAAAACUUAAUUGGAAAAGUAGUCACUUUAUUAUU